AAGUUUGGAUGAGAAUCGGUUUGUCUGAUGCCUCACUGUGGUUUCAGAGAUUACAGUAAAUCAGAUGAACAGGAAGUUUUGUUAGUGACCUCAGCAGUGAGAAGCAGACGGAGAGGCACUUCCCUCUUCAAUUGCUGCUCUCACACUGGACUGCACAGUGACCAGAAUACACCUGGAGAAAAACAUGUUUGGUGUUACUCUGACAAAGAAGCAUCUGGCUUGUUCCUGAAGUCGAUCUUGGGAAGGAAAGGGAAAUUUUCCUUCUAUCUCCUCGUACAAACGCUUUGGUUCUGAUUCCAGCAGUGAGACUUUAAUUGGCCAUUUCAACUGACACGGGGAGUUUUAUUACCUGGUAUCUGAGCUUAUUUCACAACAGGCAGCACUUCUGCUGAAGAUUCCCACUAUGUUCCAAUUGGCACAUUGCAUUGCAAUCUCCUUUGUUUUAACAACUGCCUUAAGUGAUGGAAACCUGGAGUUCCUAGCAAACCUUACUGAACUUAACCCACCGACCAACAUCACAGUUAUAAAUAGAGAGCUCGGAGAGCUGACGUUUGCUUGGAAUGACAACCUCAGUGAAGACAUGAAGAGGCGGAUUGACGUUAGAUAUCUAUUUGAGUAUAAGUACUUUGAUUCUCAUGAUUGGGAACAUUGCAGGAUUCAGCACACCGAAAACGAAGACACUUUUGAGUUACACAGGGGUGUUUCCGUGCGAGUUAAAAAUGUGCUUCUGGACAGAAAACAAGUGACAGUAAAAGAAAGUAACUGGACAGUAGAGGAGAUCGAACCAUCAGGUGAUCCAGAAACAUUGAUUUCCAACUUCUCAUGUAUUGUGUAUAAUCAUUCAUCCAUGAAUUGCACAUGGAGAAAAGGCAGGAAAGCACCAACUGACACCCAAUAUACAAUGUAUUACAGUCAGAAUAAGAACACAAGGCAAUGUACUCAGUAUUUUAUGGACGUGUGUGGGAUGCAGGGCUGUCAUGUAGACCACAUUGACAUCGAGGAAAUUCUAAUAUGUGUCAAAGGAUCAAGUAAUUCUAGAACAAUUAGACCAUAUUAUACAAAGAUUGAUCCAACAAGCUGUGUGACAUACAGCCCACCAGUAAACCUUAAGGUUUUACAAAAUCUUACUGUGAAAUGGGACAUGCCUCCAGAUGAAGACUAUUAUAAUGACUUUUUUGAAUUUGAACUGAAUGUCUCAGGUUUGGAUGUGCCUUUAAUUACUGUUGAUGAACCAAAUUAUGUUUUUGUAAACAUCAACCCAACAAAACGUUACUCAGUGAAAGUAAGGAUGAGAUCAAAAUAUUGCAAAAAGGCUAAGAUCUGGAAUAACUGGAGUAACUGGAGCAAUGAGGAUUUCAUUGAACCUACCCAGUCGUUUAAUUCAUUUUGGGUAUUGAUUAUAUUGGCCAUUAUCGUAACACUGGCACUGUUGCUUCUACUCUUUGCAUUCAAAAGGUGCAAAGUGUUGGAAACUGUAUUCAAACCAAUCCCCGAUCCUCGAAAGAAGUUCAAAACAUUGUUUGAGGAAUACAACGGUGAUUUCCAGAAUUGGAUCAACUAUCAGAUACCAAUCUCAAAAGCUGACGAGUGCCAUCCAGUUGUCAUUGAAGAAAGUCCCAAGGCUGAAGCAUGAAUGAAGAAAAUUUCAUCACAAAAAAUUUUUGCACCUGACAGACUGCCAUAAACCUGUGCGUACACAAACCAAUAUUCAGAAUGCUUCACUUCACCCAUGCCUUAUCUAUUAAAAACUGCUAGUUAUUGUCAGUCAAGGUUUUCCACAUCGCUCAGGAUCAGUUCUGAAGCAACGUCCCUGACCAGGAAUGUUGGGAUAAAUUUUCCCAGCCCCAUGGUGGUGGGCUGGAGACGAGUAAGGUGGGACAAUAAGAAGGAGAUGCAGUGGGAUGCAGUCUUCUCAAGGGUGGCCUGGGAAUUGGAUUGGCUGCCUGAACAAUGGAGGUGCAGCCAAUCUGCAUAUUUAAGGCCACAGUGGGGGCAAUUUAGAAAAUCGCUUUUGCUGGUAGAGCAGCCACUAACCACUAACCCUCCCCCCAAUUUAGUGGAGUUGGCCUUCCUGCUGCAAUCCAGGGAGACCAUCGAAGCAGGAGGCUCCAUGCUGGCUAUUGGGUCUACAAGCGCAGGAGGUCAUAAUCGCGGCUGAGGCAGAUGCAACUGAGGGGUUUCCCAUUUGCAUAGAUUUGUCACUUUUCAAUAUUUCAUGUGCAGGCCAGCAAAGGCACCUCCAUGUCAAGGUUCACCCUCACAGUCUCUGAUCUGCAUCAGCAGCACCUGCCUCUCUUGGUAGGGCUGCCGAGAUGUCAGCCCCCUGAUUGGGCCGGCAGCCUUUAACUCCGGCUCAAAAUCCUUAAUUGGGGGUCCAAACUUGGAGGCAACUAAUUAGGAGGCUGCUUCUGGGAAUGUUGCUGGGUUGAUCCGACUCUCGGCAAGUGAGGACCCCCAUUUGCUUCUGACCGCAGGGUUCUGCCCAUUAACUCUGUAUCUCCCUCCAUAGGUGCUGCCAGAGUGCUGACUAUUUCCAGAAUUUUUUGCUUUAUUGCAACCUAUUCUGUUGUGCUUAAAUUCAAUUCCCACAAACCUCCCCCUCAACCCCUCAGCCCCCGACCUAAAAUAUGGAGCUGUUUCUAGCAAUGGGUGUGCAUUUUGUCAAAAUAUAGCUUCUUUUCUUCGGCUGUGGUUUUUAUGUUUGCUGAACUCUGCUGUCUCUAUCUUAUUUUGUCAAUGGGGAAAUUAUGAUUAGGUAAGGAAAUGAUGAAAAUUCUGAACAAUGUGAAAGUAAUUCUAAAUGCUUUUAAAAUUUAUUUUUACUGACCAUUUGCAUAGUUUCUUGUGAGCUGUGUUAUUGCUCUGUAAAUCUGAAAAACAUCACGGAUUGACAAACCCCCAGGACCAGGUGGUUUCCAAUGCAGGGAAUUGAUAGACGUAGAUGAGACUAUUGUAGAUUCCCUAACUAUGUUCUUUGACAGCUCUCUCGAUUCAGUAAUCAAUACUUCAAAUUCUACUUUUUUAUGAUAGGCGAGAUGGGAUUAGCAGGGAAUUUUAGGUCACUGAGCCUAACAUCUGUUGUGAAGAAGUUACUCGAUUCUAUAAUAAGGGUGGAGUGACUCAACACAUUGGGAACCAGUAUAGACUUGUUAAUAGCGGACUGCUUAACAUCUUUGUCCGCUAUUUUAAUGGAGGUGUUCAUUUUCAUUGGCGCACUGAGGUUGCUGAAAUAGAGGAUAAAAUAAAUUCAGACUAAUACUUUGAAGUGUUUUCCUGCUGAUAACGUAAUUAGCGCUUUCUACACCAUAGAAUCUGACUGGACUUCCUCGUUUUGUUGCUUUUUACACAUCAUGUGGGAACUUUUAAUGCAAUAACUGUUUCUGUGCAAAGGUCUUGAGCAGAUGUGGAAAUGUGUUGGCACGUGUGAAGCAGAUCACUGCUACAACAAGAAGUCAUUUUUAAGCUAAAUAGCCUGAUGGUAGUUAUCUAUUCCAGCCUAGCUCAAACAUUACUGCCAUUUUUAAUUCGUGUUUUUUUUAAAGCAGCCUCACAGCUAGCAGGUGGAGAAAUGUGCAAAGAAUUCAGGAAUGUACAUUGUUUUAACGACUACGGUCUGUGAUGCAUGAGACUGUCACACUAUAUUAAAGAUUUUAAUUUUUCAAAACCUAAAA